UGCACGCCUGUCAGUGGAGCCUGGGUGCACACCACCAUACAAGCUGAACCAGGAGGAAAACAAUCUUGAGCGCUUAUUUUGGCUCUCAUCUAGGGCGCGUGAUUGCGUGAUGAGAGAGAAGAGGACUGCUGCGAUCAUGAACGAAUGUAAAACAUACCACCGAUUUUAGGCAGGCAUUGGUGGGGGUAAAAAAACAAGCAAAUCGCCCAGCAAUGGAGAACCAGGCGGCGAUGGAGCAGCAGAGCUACGAGGACGUGCGGAAAAGCGGUUAUCUCCGCAAGCAGAAAUCUAUGCACCGGCGCUUUUUCGUUCUCCGGGCUGCUUCAGAGCAGGGCCCGGCUAGACUCGAAUAUUAUGAAAAUGAAAAGAAAUUCCGAAGCAAGUCACCUGUUCCAAAGAAAGCAGUUAACCUGGACUCCUGCUUUAACAUCAACAAACGGGCAGAUUCAAAGAACAAGCACAUGAUAGUGCUGUAUUCCCGCGGGGAGAGCUUUGCCAUAGCUGCGGACACCGAGGAGGUCCAAAACGAAUGGUACCAGGCCAUGCUAGAUCUACAGUGUAAAUGUAAGACUCCUGAUGACUGUGGCAGUGGAGGAGACUGUGGAAUGCCUUCCCCUGGCCCUGCCUUUAAGGAGGUCUGGCAGGUUAAAGUCUGGCCCAAAGGUUUGGGCCAGGCCAGGAAUCUAGUUGGCAUCUACCGACUUUGCUUGACUGACAAAACAGUUAAUUUUGUCAAACUCAACUCUGAUGUUGCAGCUAUAGUCCUCCAGCUGAUGAAUGUGCGACGCUGUGGCCACUCAGAAAACUUUUUUUUCAUUGAAGUGGGUCGUUCUGCCAUGACAGGCCCUGGAGAAUUCUGGAUGCAAGUAGAGGAUUCAGUGGUGGCACAGAACAUGCAUGAGACCCUUCUUGAGGCCAUGAAGGCCCUGAGUGAAGAGUUCCGUCAAAGAAGUAAAUCCCAGACUGUUGGCGUGUCUUGUGGAGGUGGAACUGCCUCUAACCCUAUUAGUGUACCAUCUAGACGGCACCACCCAAAUCUGCCACCCUCCCAGGUUGGCUUUUCUAGACGUGCUAGAACAGAAACACCAGGAGUACCUCAUAGCACCAACACUUCCCCCACUCCACGACAUGGAUUCUCUAGGUCACGAACUGCGAGUAUUGGGGCUCGUACAGAGGAUGGAGGGGGCAGAGCAACAGCACUCAGCACCAGCCCGAGUCUCAAUGGUUCAUCUCGCUCAACUACCCCAACCCUGCGACCUAAACCCACACGAGCACCCACUCCAGCCAAGAUCACCCUCAGCCUAGCACGGUACACCCCUAACCCUGCACCUUCCCCAGCUCCUAGCCUCUCUUCCAGCUCUGGACAUGGGUCAGAAUGUGGGUUGGGAGUAGCUACCUUUGGAACAGUGCCCAUUUGCGCCUAUGCCCGAAUUCCUCAGAGAGUGUCCAUGUCAGGAUCACCGAGUGAUUAUGGUUCCUCAGAUGAGUAUGGUUCCAGCCCUGGCGAGCACUCCCUGCUAGCCACAGGGCUCCCUGCUGCCCUGGUUGAAGGCGGUGCCAGUUACAUCCUGAUGGGCCAUCGAGAAGGUUCUCACAAACGUGCUCAUGGACGCAGGGUUCUUCGUCGAUCAUCUAGACGUGAGUGUGAAGCUGAGCGCAGGUUGCUCAGCAAGCGAGCUUCCUUACCCCCUACCUCUGUCAAGGAAGGCUUGGUCCCUCAUUGCAGGGAAGAGGAAGAGGAGGAUGAAGAAGACUAUGCAGUGAUGUCACGCAGUGCAAGCAGAGAGUCUUUCACUUCACGCCGAGGUUCAGGAGGUUCAGCUACAACAUCAUUGUUGCAACUGGAAAAUUCAGCAGAUAAAGGUGUCAGUACUAAAGGGGGACUUGAGGACUUCUCAACAGACAGUGGCUACAUGUCCAUGUUACCAGGUGUUACGGCUCCUCCUGCAUCAUUGUCAUUAUCAGUCUCUGGUUCAGAUGUAAUUUCAAAGGGUGGAGAUGAAUACAUGGCAAUGACCCCCAAUAGUAGUGUCUCACCACCUCAGCACAUCUGCCUCCCCGUCAAUGAAGGAUACAUGAUGAUGUCUCCAAACAGUAGCUGUUCACCAGACUUGCAUGGCCUGAGUGGAUACAUAUGGAGCAGCAGGGGCAGCAUGGAGAGUCGGGCAGGCAGCGACUAUAUGAACAUGUCACCUAUAAGUGCCAGAUCAGCAUGCAGUACUCCUCCGUCACACCCAGAGCAUCAACCACUGCAACCAAAAAUGGUCUAUUCUUAUUUUUCGUUGCCACGUUCUUACAAACACACAACCCUCUCAACCCGCUUUGAGGAUGAUCUGGACAGGGUUUGUAUUGGUAGAGGUGAAAGGGAAGCUGGAGGAAAUGUCAGGCAUAGUGGUUACCAUUGUGGAGGGGACACACCUGGGGUCUCAUGUGGUGGCGGCCAACUCUCUCUGUCCUCAUCCUCUUUCUCCUCUAGCUCAGCUAGCAGUGAAAGCCUUGAAGACAGAUCAUUGUCUCUGUCUGUAGGUGGAGUGGGAAGGGAAAGUAGGUUGGGCACAGGACACAGAGUAGGGGGUACUCACCCCAAAAUCUCCCACCACCAUCACCAGCAGAGAUGUGGACCAGGUGUCCAGAAACAGGGUCAAUUACAGCAGAGGAAGGACAAGUCCUCCAGCUUUCUUGUCAAUAUGUCCAAAGCCAACACGCUGCCAAGGGUCAAGGAGACUUUGCUGCCAACUGCAUCCCCAAGCCCUGGAGAAUACGUAAGCAUUGUUUACCAGGGUGAGCGAGCAGGGCAUUACAAAGGGAGGAGUACAGUUGAACCAGGGAACCCUACGGCACAAGGACCUCAGAGAGCCCUUCUUAGACCACAGCCAUGUCAGGGUGGAACUGCCAACCUUCCUCUGAGCUUCUUGGCACCCCUCUCCACCUCCAUCUCUUUAUCCUCUGAAUAUGUGAACAUGGACUUAGGUAACUCGCCUUCUUCUCUUACUCACCUCUCCUCUUUCAAACCCGCCCCAAAAGUCAGAGAGGAGCUCACCAGAGCUCCUCAAGUGGAUCAAGAAGUGGCACAUAGGAAGAGCAGGGAGACAGAUUUGACAUCUGCAGAUGUGGCUGCUGCUCCUUUCACAGACUAUACUGUGAUGAAGUUUGGAUCCCCAAAGUCCCCAAAACCUGGCCAAACACCCCAGCCAUCCUCCAUGGAGCAGGAGCACAACAUGAAUUUCCCUUUUACAAAUGUGGAUCAGGGUGCACGACUUGUCAGGGCAGAAUCAUCAGCAAGAAGACGGCACCUCUCAGAGACAUUCAUGACCCCUCCAACUCUCCCCAUCUCCCCCUCUGCCUCUCCCUCUCCUUUUCCUGAAACACCACAUGGUGCUUCACCACGACAGCAAGGAUUAGAGAGUAACCUUUGGACUAGUGGUCAACCUCCCUCCCCACAGUGUGCCAGCCCUGGUGUAGCAAAUCUACCUGCUGCUCAGACUUCUUCCUUGGCUCUGGAGCAAGGCCUUAACUACAUUGAUUUAGACUUGGUCAGUAAGGAGAAUUCUCAAACCAGUGUGGAUGGGCCCUCUGGCCCUCACUCAUUUUAUUCUCCUGUAGUAGGAGGGGUGGGUGGGGCAGGAGGAAGCACCUCCUCCAGCAUCAAUACAUAUGCCAGCAUUGAUUUCAUAAAGUCACAAGAAAUGAAAGUUCAUAAAACCAGCAGGAAGGACAACAAAGAUUGUUAAUGUUUCCACAUUCAAAAACAAGAUGGAGAAGCAGUCAACGCUUGUCCAACCUGCGUGAGUGUUUGUAUGUGUUCACCUGAUGUGUUGUGAAAAAUGGUGUGAUUGCCCAAAUCCCUCAGCAGUGGACACUUAACUGCCCUGGCCUCACAUCAACAUUUACUCUCAUUAGUUUCCAUUGAUUUAAUCAAAAUAACAUUUGUGCCAAAAGACUAUAGGUCAUGUCCAGCAGAGAACACAAUGACGGACAGAUCUUUCUGCCAGUCAUGAAGAGCCAAUGCGACUCUGACUGCCAACAUGGAGCCAAAGGAGCCAAUGAUAUUCCUUUUUUCCUCUACCACAAACUUUAAAGUAUUGUAAAAAAGAUGUUAAAUAGUUUAAAGAUAGAUGAAAAAUAAACAUCAGACAUAAUAUUAUUGAGAAUCUAUCUAUCUAUCUAUCUAUACAGUAUAUAUAUAUAUAUACAACUUAUUUUGAAAAAGUGCCUCAUUUUUAUUGUAGCCAUUUUUACAUAGGUCUUGAUGUGCUCUGUAAAAGAAAACUACUUGGUUCUUUGUCUUGCUUUGCCCAUUCCUUUGUGUUGCUAAGCGUAAGGUAUCCUGAACAAAGUCAAAAGGCAGAUUGGAGAGAGGGAGAGAGAGAGAGAGAGAGAGAGAGAGAGAGAAGAAAGACUAUUAGUUAUGAGGAAUAGCUUUAUUUGCUAUGGUUUCUGUAAUCAGAUUGUCUUACUGUACUGUAUUAGGAUGUAUUAGUGUGUGUGUGUGUGUGUGUGUGUGUGUGUGUGUGUGUGUGUGUGUGUGUGUGUGUGUGUGUGUGUGUGUGUGGAGAGUGUGUGAGUGGGCGGGUUUGGGAGGACAAUUUUUUAGGUUACAAACUGGUAAUUACAAGGGUAUUAUACUAUAAAUGUGGCUUAUGAGGACAUUUCUCAUUUCCCAUAAUUCAAAUCACUUAAAAAACAUACUAAACAAUGUUUUUUUUGAAAAUGUAAAAAUGUUAAAAAAAAAUUGUGAGGGCUAGGUUUAGGGAUAGGAGAUAGAACAGUUCGUACAGUAUAAAAAUCAUUAUGUCGAUGCAAAGUCCUCAUAAGGAUAGCCGCACCAACGUGUGUGUGUGUGUGUGUGUGUGUGUGUGUGUGUAUAUAAUUGUGUGAUUUCAGUCGUCAAAGCCUCAGCCAUGCUGUGCCUCAGUUCAGUUAAAGAGAGCUGGACUCACACACACACACACACACACACACACACACACACACACACAGAGAGAGAGAGAGAGAGAGAGAGAGAGAGAGAGAGAGAGAGAAUAUGAUCAAAACUGAUAGCAUAUACUAUAUUUUUAUUAAACACUAUUGGUAAAUGGAUCUACUCAAUGCACAUGUACACACAUAUUUAUAUAAAACUACAUACACAGUGAGUGAGUGAGAGAGAGAGAGAGAGAGAGAGAGAGAGAGAAUAGUCCAUGUCCUUAGUCGUAUAUCCAGGGUAGUAAUAUUGUGUUAUUUGCCAUCCCCAGUUUACUUCAGCCUCUCACACACACAUUUAGAAUUAAAGCUGUGCCUCCCUCAAAUGCAACUACGGUUCAUAUAUCAGCAGACUGACCUACAGCCUACUCUAUAAAUUAAACACACCCACACCUGGCUAGACAGCAGAUAUCUUUCAUCAAAUUUCUUUCUGUCUGAUCUGUUGAUGUUGUUACUCUGACUGGUAUGUACUAUUUACACUUCAGCUUACUGAGUUUUACACAGACACUCACACUUACACACACUAACUCACCCUGUUAUAGUGAAUGUGCUCUUUGUAUUUUCAGCAUUUGAUUAUUGUUUUGUUAUUGCAAUUUAAAGAUGAGUUACAAGGGAACAGGGUCUUUUUAUGCCAUCUAGACAGUGGUGCCUGUCUCUUCAUAUUGCUGAAACGUAGCACGGCUGAUCGUUUUUUAAAAAUAUAUUUUAAAAUAUAUUUUUAAGCAGCUGUUUUGACUUUUACCAUUCACAUUGAUGGCUUCUGCAAUUUUCCAAAUAAUCUAGUUUAAUUUUGUGUUGUGUAACUUGCAAAAAUAAUGUGUAGAAAUUAUCCUGUUUUAGUGCCAAAUCCUAAAUCACACACUAGUUGUGCACUGAAGAAUGAGUAAACAUUUCAGCUUUUUAAUACCAGAUUUUUAGUAACAGAUAUUUUUCUCUUUUGCCUGCACAAUCUGCGUAUUUUCUAUCACUCAUAUGCAUUGUAUAUUUCACAUAGUUAAUCAGCUGCCUUCAGUUAACAGGAAUCAACAUUAUGAAGCCUUAUAGAAUUAAAUGAAUGCCUUUUCUAUCAUGUAAAAAUAAGAGCCUCCUUGAUCAUAGGUUAUGCAUAUUACCUGUUCUUUAAUGUGUAAUACAUGCAACAUAAUGCAGUGUUUAAAAGUGUUUAAUAAAGGUGACAUUUGGCUUUCACAGUGUUUAUAAAUAUCUUCAUUAUCCACAUUACUUAUAUACAGUACAGUGGUUAUCAGUGAUUAUUACAGAUUACACAUACACCUCCCAGUCAAAUAAUUACAAUUGUCCACAUACCUCAAAAUCUCUAUUUUGGAUUACAAUUAACAAAACAACAACAGGUGGUGAUUAUGAUGGUGUAAUGUAGGGUGGGCUUAAUCAUGUCCCCUUAAGAGAAUGAACCUAAGUGUUUGUUUUUCAUCCUGAACUGGACAUAUGCCUUUUUAAAUUCACCUCAUGGGAAGAUCAUGACAAAAAUAAACACAUCAUCUUAAAAAUGAACUGUGUUUUUGCGUGUGUGCGCGUGUCUGUUAGUCUGUCUCUGUAAAGCGCUUUUGGUUAUUCUGUUUUAUUCUAUGUCUUUACUAAAUUUCGAUUGCCUUAUUAUCUUUAUUAGCUCUUAUUUAAUACACAGCAGCUGUAAAAAAGAUGCUUUUUAUUCUAGAGUAAUGGGAUUUUUUUUCCAGAUUGAGGAUUUUAUAAUCUGGUGUCUGGUUUGGUGUAGAUAAUUGUAUGUACCCGGACUUACUUUGCAGAAAACAUUAACAUAGUAUUAAGUGAUGUAGAAAUACAGCCAAGGUAAUCAAGACAAAAAAAAAAAAAAGAAAGAAAUCCUUGUCUCACAGUACCUACUGCUGGGAAAAAAGGGUCUGAUAUGCACAAUCACGGGUCUGUGUAAAGUUACUAAACUGAUCUGUUCUUCUGUAUAUCUAAUGCUAUGAAAAAUGCAAUGACAAUGGUUUAUAAAGGGGUUUAAUAUGAGAGCUAUUUGGCUGUGAGCUGCCGUACAGUUCUGUGAAUAAGGGGAAAUGUUGGGCUCGGGUGGGCAGGGGAGACUGUAUGGUAUGGAUAUAGUAGAAAUGUCUGUUAAAUUCAGAAAUUCCUUAAUGAUUAUUGCCUGUGAUUAAGACAAUGUCACUCCAAUUUAUGGAAAAAAAAGAU